AUGGAAGACCAGCCUGCUGUGGAUAAGCCUGGAGAGAAAGCUCCGCAGGAAGGCGAGACUCGAAGUUUCAAACAAUUCGUCGACGGGCUGGUGGCUUCGGCCUACUCCCUGUUCCCGACUGCCGACGUAGUACGCGCCAUUUUCACGGCUGCCGACCGGGAGUUUGUUAGCGAGAAGGCGCGUGACAGGCGCGUGAGCCGAUGCUGCACACACAUUGAUGAUUACGACGGCGUCCUCGAAUGCUGGGCUCUCGGGCAGCAGAAAGGGUGGACCAGACUGUUCGGCCCCCGCGGAAUCGAGCUCGUCGAGGUAGACGCGGGAACGCUUCGCUUUCGCACCCUUAAUGUCAACCCGGAAGACCUGCUGGCAGCGGACGACGCCAAGUUUCUGUGCCUGUGCCUGUGGCUCUUGGAACAACAUCGUUGCAUCUCUUCAGUUUCCAUAUCCGUUCCCGUCGUGGCACCUAGACACGGACUUCUGUUCCUCAGUAUGCUGAAACUCACGAUGUACGUGACAAAGCUUGAGAUAAUGGGCGACAACCCGUUCAAGGAAAUGUCUGUCGGCGACUUGCCAGAUUCCUCAACAUCCCGCGAACCAUGGAUGCACGUGCUAAAGGACCUUUGUAAUCUGCGAGAGCUGGGAUUGUCCUCUAUGUACAUCUGUGAGACCGACGCAUUGGUCCUGAUAGAUUUUUUGGAACGAAGGAAAGCCUCUAUCGUCGCCGUCGUUCUCAUCGACGUUGAGUUCAGCGCCGCAACCUUUUACUCUCUCAUAGGGGCGGUGCACAAAAUCCAGAGGCUCGAGGAUUUGCGCAUAAAGACGAGCGCCAGCAUACACACAAGGACGUUCGAGAAUGCACUGUCCUUACUGGGCAAAUCAAGCACUCUGUCGAGACUUUAUGUGCACGUCGACUUCAGUAUUCGCAGCUUGCUUAAUUGCCUAACCCUCAGCGGGGCACUCGCCGAACUCACGCUGGAGCCGAUGAUCCGGAGCUCGGAAGAUCUCGAAUCCCUUCGUCUGUCACUUGAAAGACGCGAGCUUCCCCUACGCCUCAAAAUGAGCCUCGACUUGAGCGAGAUGCAUACCGCCCACCGCUCCAUGAAUGCCCUAUUGUGGAUUGUACGGCGCAGUUGCGUGCGAACCUUGAUACUCUCCGGAUCGACCAUCAACCUCGCCCAGUCGGGCGCGCUCGCCGAAGCGCUCGAAAGCAGCAAGCUUGAGGAGCUCCACCUGGACGAAUGCGGGAUCGAGUGCGAGGCCGUGGAGCGCUUCGCGAGUGCCAUCGCGGAGUUCUUGCAGCACAGCAACUUCAAGGAACUCAACGUGGGAGCCGUUGUCGGCGAUGCCAAGCAGCAGCGGCAAAUGUUCCGGUGCAUCACGGAAGCCGGCGUCCGCAGCAAGAUCACGCUCGUCUGCACCGAGUGCCUCAUUCAGAAUUACCACGACUGGGAUAUUCUCCCGAACCAGACGCAUUUUGCCAAGGUGUCCCUGUCCAUUGGCGACAGCUCGCAGGUCGAGCGCAUUCUGCUUAACCUGAUGGCCGCUGCCGACACGCUGGAAAGCUUCUCCAUCAAGAGCAACGGGGGUUUGUCCGAAAUGGGUGGAAACUGCGUGGCGGAGUUGAUCCGGACGUGCACUAAGCUCAAGGUUCUCCGACUGCGCUGCCGUCUGACGUCACCCGCCGCCGUCCUGAUCCUGGCCGCGCUGGCAAAGUGCCGCAACGUGCGGCUGCUCACAGUGGAGGGCUGGGUGAUCGACGGUGUGAUGGGACAAGCCUUCGAAACGAUGCUCACGGCAAACCGCAGCCUGUUUCGGCUCGAGUUCUACUGGAAGGACUUUGCCGCCUACCAGGGCUUCAAGCCCUUUCUCACGCAAGGUCUUCGCGAGAACAGGUACGCAGUGUGUCGGAACUGAGC